GAUCUGAACAGAAACAUUUGAAUAUUUUUAUAUAUACGCACACGCCUUUUCCAAAUUUAUUUUAUUUGUCCGUCUAAUGAGCACAAUGACUGAAGAAGACCGCAAAAUGGCUGUCUACACUGCGAACAGAAAGAAAUAUAACUAUACUUUGGCUGUCUUGAUGGCGAUGCGGAACGACUUCGAACCGGAAAAAUUCCUUAGCCUGUAUGAUGAUAUACACAAUCGAUAUCCUAUGCUAAUCCAUAAUCAUGUGAUUGAUACGGCGAUCAUCAUAUGGAAAAAAUGCUUUGUUGUGCCGGACAAGGAUGUGUCUUUUUAUUAUAGGGAAUUAUACAAAUACCAUUUCAAUAUGAUAGAUGCACUGAAUGGCGAUUAUUAAACCGAGUCAAAGUCAAAAGUCGCUAAUGCUGUGCAAGCAAAUCAUUUUACUAAAACGAUCAAAUUAAAAUUAACCUUGACAAAUGCUUUUCAGCAUUAGAACUUCAAUUUUUCGAUUUUUUUAUUUUAUUACUCAUUCGCCUAGUCGAUAAUUUUUUUAAUUUGACAGCAUAAAAGUAUGCUAUAGAAAUUGUCAAAAUCCCAAAAGUUCAUUUUCUUUCUUUCAAUAUCUUGAAUAAAUGCUCAUUGUCACUGUUGUA